GCAUUCAACCGGCUUGCGGCGCGGGAAAUCCGCCACGUGUGCUCGAAGGUCGAGUGUAGUGGUCUCUACACGUCAGAGGUAUUGGCAGCGCGUCGCGAGGCGGAGGCGGUUGGCGAGGUCUGGAAGCCGGGGCCGAGGGAGGGGGCGUUUGACGACCUGCGCACCCAUGCCUUUACUUGCGACAAGGUCGUGGUCGGGGACGGGACGAUCUUUGCAAACGCGAGCGCCAUGAAGGACCGCUCUGAGCGGCAAAUCAAGGGGAUCACGCAGCCCAGCUCCCAAGCCCCCAAGAUAGCAGGAGGCUUUACCCCCAUGGGCCCCGGUUCGCAGAAGCCGUCGGACGCGCCCUGGCCGCGGGAAGGACGGGAUUGCCCCUACACCUAUCGGAAUCACUUCAUUGACGGCAUUAGGGACUCGGUCCGGAGCCUUGCGUUCAGAUGGGCAAACUUUCGGCGGAUUCCGGGGAAGCGGGGGCAGGCCGGCAACGAGCCCUUGUUAAUUGAGGAGUUCUAUACCAUGCGCGAGGGCCUCCCCGCUAGCCUUAGAGCACUGGUAGAUUUGGCAGCCUUCCCCCAGCCCCCCUGCCCAGCGAACUGCGCCGCAUGCGCGCGUGCACCCAGGAGGCCCUGGAUGACGCCUUAUCUCAAAGAGGGGCCUGUUCCUCCCACGGGCUACUGCCCUGGUCACUUCCAUGAUCUGGGCGCGUUGGUGCACAGCCUCCUCACCAAGGACUACAGCUGGAUCUACUGCCGCAUCCUUGGGCUUCAGCUCAUGCGCCGCCUGCUCCUUGGAGGCCGGGCGCUAAACAGCAUAGAGCUGGCAUACCUUUGCAACGAUGCGCCCAUGAUCGCUGCCGUCCUGGAGUUCCACUCUCCAAUGCUGCCAGUUGUCCACGUGGCCGGCCAGGGUGGCAAUAUGAGGCAGUACGCCUUUCCCCCGGCUCUGCUCCCACUCAUGCGCGAUAUCUACUGCACCAACUUGCUCGCCUUUGAGCCCUCUGCGAACUUGCGUCGAGCAACCACUCCGUCGCCUCUGCGAUGCCUUGUCGAGGCCAUGGACUUUAUGUGGGGGUUCGAAUUUAUGGAAGCCAAUGAAGAGACGGCUGAUGGCAACGAGGAGGGCGACGAGGAGCGGGCGGCAAAAGAGGCUCGCCUUUGCGAGCGGGCCAAACUCCUGCUCGAGGAGUUGGAGGUGCGGGAUCCCUCCUACUACGCGGACGGAACGCUGCGGCCCGCGUCCAGCGAGUACAGAGAUCAGGUCGAGCGGCCGAGCGCCUACGGGUUCCAUCCCUUGCUGUUCGAGCGGCCCCACUUUAUCGACUGGGAGAACGCUGAAGGUCGUUCCAGCAAGGAGAAGCUGGAAAGGCAUUGCGCGCUUCCGCAGAAGCCCCACACAAAGGGCCAGGUCGGCCUUUUUAUCCUGGCGUGCACCCAUCGCGCACCGCUUGGGUUUCACUAUAUGAAAGGAGCUGAGAGCGUCAGUGAUUUUGGAACCGUGCUCGCCACGCGGAACUCCCUAGAGGCUCUCAAAGGGCUCACUGUGGUCGAAGACUGUGCAUGUCAGCUCCAGGAAUGGUUCUUGAACCGACUGCCGGUGUUGGCCAAGCACAUGUUGUUUCUGGUCGACCGAUUUCACUCAGGGCCUGUUUCGGUCGCCGUUGGAAACGCGGCCAGGCGCUACAGCGUCCAUACCUGCCCUCCAACGCUCUUCAUAGACAGCUUUCCGGUCCACAAGGACACUGCAACGACGGCGUGCGAGGGUUUGAAUGCUGGGCUGAAGGAUUGCAAGCGCAGCCUUCAGCAGAUUACUAGGCUCGAUGACUUCAAGGGUAGGGUGACGACCAUUCUCGACAUCAACUUUGAGAGGUCGAAGCUUGCAAAGUUUGUCGAGAAUAUUGAUGCAGCAAACGGGUGGCUUCGUAGGAGAAUAAGAGAACGGCAAGUCCUUUGA